AUGGUGACAGUUUCUGUCAUCACCCUUGGCGGCACCACAGAAGAGGCGGUUCUCAUCACAGUUCCACGUGAUGUGCCCCUGGGGGAUGUGAAGAAGGCUCUAGCAGAUAUGUUUGAUCGUCCAGAGAUCGCCUCCGACGGCCGCUUUCUCAAAAAGAUGCCGAAUGGUGCCACUGUGAACAUGCACGACAAUCAGAAGCUAGGAUCCAGGAAGGAACUUAUUUACGAAGGUCCUGCACUCGCACUAGCGCCAGAGGCCGUGCCUUUGCUCACCCUGGAAGAAUUUGACGGCUUUGAUGAGAAGGUAGAGGUCCAAUCUCCACGCUCGCUUCGUGCUCUGGAGCUUCAAGGAGUUGUGCUGGAUGAGCUCUACUACGCUCCGCCCGAAUGCUUUUGGGAGCCAGGGCUUGAUACGAUGAUUGUGAAGCUUCACCACGACUUCUUCGAGGCUUGGAGACAAGACACCUUGGACAUGUGCCGGCUCCAACGAGACCGAGUGAUGUCUGAGGCAAGCCUGAAGCUGGAGCAACCCGAACGGAACAGCCAAGCACUGCCAACUGAGAAGUCCUGCAUACCGCGCUUCUACAACACAGAGAGCAGCCCAGAGGAGAGGAUUUAUGGAACUGGUGGAAACUGGUCUGGAAUCCUGGAGCCUCACACGUAUCCACUGACGAUGCAGUUUUUCGAGGACCUCCAGUACUGGAUGCAACCGGACAAGGUCUUCGAAAGGACGUAUCAAGGUCAGAAAAAACUGAUGAAGCAAUCCCAUGGAGCAAAGCCGUCUCCCAAAGGAAUUUCCAUUCCGGAGCGUUUAGACUUGGAUGCUCCUGGUAUCAAAGUGAAAGAUGCGUCCAAGGAGGUUGCAAAGAUGGUUGGAGAACUGCGGAGGAUUCCUCGAGAAGCCAAGCGUCCUCAAGCAGUUUCAUUAGCUUCGAAUACCUUGUCUGUGGCGGUUGUGCAAAGACGUGAAAACGCAAAAGCACGCCGUGCCGCUGUGAAGGAUGUCAUGUCUCAUGCGGAGUCAAUGGCAUCGCUUGCGGAGGGGCAGAGAGAAGCCACAGAUGCUCAGAUCAAAGAGGUGAAUUUGUGGCGGGGUCACCGAGAAGCCUGCAGCCAGGAGAGCCGAGGUUCAUGGAAGAAUGAGGCUCAGGAGAGAAACUUUGCCAAUGCCUAUCGACGAUCUGAGCAUUGGUACAAACGAAGGGAAGCAGUUCACGAGAGCGAGAUGGAAGCAGAGGAGAAGAGGUAUGAAGCAACUAUCAAGAUUGCUCAACGUGACGUGGCUGUUGCAAAGCGAGUAGGACGGAUCCGCGACCUUACGCGGAUCAAAUUUGCCAGGCAAUGGCUUGAACGUCGUAUACGAUGGGCCAAGCAAGAGACAAUUACAUCCAAAAAAAAUGACACAUGGAAGGCUGCAACGUUGCAAAAGCAAGAUGAUGCCCAGGCUAGAAUUCACGACCACAACGUGCGUUGGGCUAAGUUCAUUGAGUUCAAGAAGGAGUUUCUUGCCUUACGGAGAACCAUGUGCCGCAUGGCAGCAGAUCGAGAGUUCAAGCGGCAACACCAGCGCCGCAAGGACAUCGCAACGCAUCUCACUUCAUUUGCUGAGAAGGCAGAAGCGGCACAGAAAUCCCAAGCCGAGUCCCAGAUGGAGGCGCGCAUCCUUUGGGAGUCUGUUGUGGAAGUCAUCCAUAAUGGAACGAACCCCAAUGUGGAUGUUUUGGGGAUCCCAGAGUUGCCUGGGGUGUGCAGAAUGCCUUGCAUGGAGUCACCAUGUGUGCGAUGCGACACCAGAAGGGGAGGCUUUCAGUUUCCUUUCGUGGGCAUUUGGACCAAGACGGCUGUUUUGGCCCAAGCAGGUGACACAGCUCAAUCUUUGUGGGAGCGUUACCAUGCCGGGGAGGAGACUUUUGAACUCCUUGCGUUGCAAAGAGUUGCCUCGGGCGUUACCCGUGCGCAGCUCAUCCCAAGCCAUGCCCAUGGGACCCUCGUCAGGCUGGCCCUGUGUCGUGACGGCAUCACGAUGCAGGAGUUCUUCGAGCUAUGGAGGGAAUGGCAACGGGGCAGCUGUACCUGGGUGGAACCCUGGACAGGCUGCGGAGGAGUCGUGCGGGCCAACGACGAUCGCAGACGAGCAGGAGAUGCCGUGCGACGCAUCCUGGGUGCCGUGGAGGCUGAGGUGGAGUGGAAUGCCGACGUGGAGGUGAUUUCUGCCCCUUCUGCGGCUCCUCUGACGAUGAGCAGUGAGUCGGUCCUGUCUGGGGAUGUCAAGGGGGUGGUCCAGGGAGGUUAUAAGGCACGGGAGAGUGCCGGAACCAGAUCAUCUCCAUCUACAUUCUCAGCCCUGGCUCAACUAGGACUCGCGGUUGCUGCCGGUGCCAUGGCGAGCAGCAAGGGACGGUACGCUCUUGAGGCCGCGGGUGAAGCAAGCACCUGGGACCCAGAGCAAGCCGUGGAAGUGGCCACUAUGGAAUUGGAAGUGAGGCAACACUUCGGGUUAGCUGAUGAUAGUGACCUCGCCUAUGCCUUCGAGAACUACCAGGAUGCCAUGUCGGCAGGAGGGCACGCUCUGGCGGCGCAAUGGGCCUCAGCCCGGUCCAAAGCUGAUGAAGGGUUGCUGGCGGCUGGAGCAAGGGCGGUCGAAGAUAGUGGCGCUGGCUCAGCACGAGAUCGAGUUCCUCGACCGACCGUGAAGCCGAUGAUCCAGAGGAGACAGGGAGUGACCCUGUCUACCAACAGGUACGGGCCUGAUGCAGUGGUGCAGAGGGUGGAGUCUCUUGCGCAGUGUUUCGAAGAAAUGUCUGUGCAGCGGCCGGCCCACAAGGUAACCGAGGCACGGCUGGAAGAGUGGAGGAAGCAGUUGCGGCGGUUGUCACAACAGAAAGUAACUCAGGCCGAUAGCCAGACGAUCAUCAAUGCCAUCCGCACCUGGAAGGAGCUGGCGCACUACCAGGAGGACGGGCCUCGAAGUGGUCGAGGACUUGGACCUGGCAUCAUUCGUCCAGGAUGGCACAGACGGCCCAGCGAGGGCCCUGGCAUCUCUGAAGUGGCUCAACAAAGCAGGACGCGGAAGCGGCAGCAGGCAGUGGUGGCCGAGCCAGGCAUGAUUCCCUUCCUGGAGGCAGGCAUCAUCACCGCGGCCGAACACAACAAUCCAGAAUGGAUGGCCUUGUUAGCCAACUGGUUAUGUGCUGUCGGAUGUUUGCGGCACCGACACAUCACCAAGAGUUCCCCCCAGAGGAUGUCAAUGGGCAAAACUCUCCAUCCGCACCAUAACAACGCCUUGCUGACCGGUGCCCCUGGUCCACUCAUGAUGUCUGCUGCAAGGGGGGACUGUGGCGGCAUAGGUACCAACCCUGAUGAGCUCAUACGGGUUCCGCCCGCACCAGCCCUCCUCGGUUCUGAUCCUGUCAAGGUGGCUUGA